AUGACCAUCACUGAAUUACUCCACCAACAAUUUUCUUCUAUUCAAAUUCUUUACAAUAAAGAAAAACUCAACCUUGAACUAAUUAGCUGUGAUUACCCACCUACAGUCAUUGACCUUGGAUAUGAUAAGCUAUCAGAUCGUUUCUAUGAAAAUCUUGAGGGUGUCAUAAGGAAUCAGAAUCGGGUAGUGGACUUUAUUGUACUGUGCUCAGAGAAGGAGGUUUCAAAUCGAAUCUUCAAUACACUGGAGAAAUCUCUGAAAAUCUUGACUACAAGAAAAUCUCCUUUGCGAGUCCGACAUCUAUCCCUACAGCUCAAUUACAUGAACCAAGUGAUCCAUAUCGUCAAGCUACUGGAUCCAGAAACUCUCCAAAGUAUAGAAUUCUGUUUCAAUCAUGGCUCCAGUUCCCAACUGAUCCAUAUCGAGCAUGUGCUAUCAUUAGUCAAGUGGAAUAGAGGGGAUCGGUUGAAGUUGGUCUUCAAGUUGAACACAUUGACGGAGAAGAAUUUGAAGUCGGUGAAAAAGAUUCUUCUGGAACACCGGGUCUUCCAGGAGCUGGAGAUCCACUACCAGAAUUGUGUGAAAAAGAACUUGGAGGAGUAUUUUGGGGUUCCUUGCCAAUGUGAGCCUGGAAAAUUUAUAAAAUUCGAGAUAACAGAGGAAUUGUCGGAUGAAUUACUGUUGGCAGAUGCGAUGGAGAAACUAACACUAAUCAACCUUCUAUCCACCCAAGCACUGGAAACACCGGUUAUCAUGCGCCAUAUCUCUCAAUACCUGGAGUUUUUUGAUAUCCAACGCCUUCGAAAAACCACCCGUGGAAUCCGCAACUGUAUAGACUACAUCCAACCGGACUUUCACAUUUCAGAGUACACUAUUGCGUUCCUGCUUGAAAAGAAGCCUUAUACCGUGGUGAAGACUAGAAAAGGAAUCUCGAAAACUACAAGAUACGGGAGAGAUGUGAACUUUGAUAUCAAGAGUUCCCAAUGUAAAAAAGCGAUUUCACGUAUGUUGGAGGACUUGGAGACUAAUUUAAAGAAAACAUGCAUGAAAGAAUUGCAAAUUGUGUUUUCCUACGUGGACUUUAUUGAGUAUGACCCGUUGGUUUCUUUCAACAAGUUUUUUCUGGAUCGGUUCAAAAUGAUUCUGGCAAAAUCUGAAAAACCGCUGAAAAUCGAGAAAUUAGUGAUGAAGUGUGUAACUCAACGAGAAGUGAUGCAAGUGUUGCCAUUCCUCGACUCAAGUCAUCUGAAGACUAUAGAAUUACAUGACCCGGAUUCAGAAUUUCGGAAAAACUAUGGUUCCCGUUACGAGUAUCCAGAAGGCCUACGGAAACCAUUUGAAGUAAAUGAGCUUUGUGAAUUGGAGCAGUGGAAGAAUGCAGUGGGGGAAUUGAUUAUUUAUUCAAGGCCAAUUAAUAUGGUGGUGAGGAAAAUGAAUGUCUGCAACUACUCAAAAGUGAAUAUUACGGUGGAAAAGAUGUCUUCACAAGAUAUACUUUAUUUGAAGGGGAACCUUUCAAUGCAAUCAUGUCUCCACUUCUACAUCCAAUUCAAAAAAUCUGUUAUAAAACCCAACAACCUCUACAACCUUAUCGGUGCACCUCGCCGAAGCUAUGGCGUGGAACGCGAGUGGUGUUUCCCAAUCUCCAAUACCACUCAUUAUCUUCAUAUGGAUUUAAGACAAUAUUUUAUUGAGGUUCGUCGUAUUCCUUAUGGCGUUAAAUAUUAUUAA